AUGGGCUCCAGCGCUUCGAAGCCGAACACGCCUCACGUGUGGAAAGGCUCCAGCGCCCCGGCCAUCUCCCAAGACAUGAUCGACAGCUUGCAGUCAAGUACAGAGACCGACGUGACGCGUGCCCAGACUCUCGAGCUCCAUAUCCAGGCCCGCGUGACCGACGAGCUGCGCCGUCUGCAGGCCGAACAGCUGGCCAAGCUCAAGGGCCUCGAGCAGGCCAUUGACGACGAGACCGCUGCGUCCACCCCCAGCGACUCGACAACAUCUGCCUCGGUCAGCAAAGAGAUUGCCGGCCUGCGGGCGCGUCUGGAGGCGCGGCAGCGCGACGUGGCCCGCCCGCUGCCAGAGCCCGUGGAAGCGGCGCGCAGCGAGGUGAUCCGGUGUCUGCGGGAGCACGACCGGCGGCCGCUGGAUUGCUACCGCGAGGUGGCGGCGUUCAAGGAAGAGGUGCGGAAGCUGGAGGCGACGUGGGUGGACCGUGUUGUGUCGUAG